GUCUAACAUUAGGUCAUCAUGUACAUCAUCAUCUGGAACUGUACCAAGCUAAUCAAUUAUAAAAAGGAACCCUUGUUGAGCUGGCAGACCAACUAGGUAGCCAACAAAGCUAGCGCUUAUAAAGCAAUGAGCAGCGCAAGGCUUGACGAAUUACAUACAUACAUACAUCAUGGCCUUCCUGGUUAGUAAGCUUCCGUUACCCUUUGUCCCCUGUUUCUGCACCACCGUCCUGCUCCUCAUAUGCGCGCUGCCCUCUUCCUCCCUCGCAAAAUCAUGCAAAUACUCCGGCUCCGGCCAGGAUCAGUAUGGAAACCACACUGACGGCCUUCCAUUCGAGCAAACGGGAGGCUUCCUGGUCUUCAAGAACUCAAGGUAUUCUGAAGAUACUGGGUUGGAAUGUGGCCUCGGAUCUUAUAUGAAAACUCACUAUCCGGCAUUCAACUUGUCCGACAACGCUUGGUUCUUCAUCACUCAGAUUGAUUUGUGGGAAUAUAACGUUGAAGGGAUGGGCCUCUAUGAGGCGUCGUUCAGCUUCGUCUUCACCAUGAGCAUCUACCAGCACAAGAACCAGACGAAAGCGAAUAGUAGCCUGGUCUUCGCCAUCAAUUCUGCAAUCCGUUAUAAUUCCAUGCCUAGUCCACCGAAUAGGCCCUCCAACCCCACAUCCGACACUGUCGCAGGAAGCCACGUCUCCGCCCAGAUCGGCACAGUUUACGACGGAAUUUACGUCGCGAGAAAAUUUGAUCCCGGUAACUUUAUCUGGGUACAAAUUGACAUAGAGUCGCCGGGCAAUUCCUCCGUGGCGAACAAGUAUAGUGUGUGGAUUGAUUACGACCAUGUUGGGCACCGCAUGUCGGUCUAUGUCAACUCCGGUGAAGGAACACCGAAGCCUCUAAACGCCAUAGCCAACACAAUCCUCAACAUCAGCGACAUCAUGUCACCAUUGGCAUUCUUCGGCUUCUUCUCCUCGAUGGGGCAACUCCUACAACUUGAUACAUGGAACUUGACGAUCGACAAGCUACCCGAUUUUUAUGUCUCAGGCUCACAGGGAAAGAGGACCAUCAUAUUGUCCUCAGUCUUUGGAUCGGCAGCUGCCGCUGCCAUCAUGGCUGCCGUUGUAUACUUGUACUUCAACUCCAAGUACAGGAGGUGGACGAAGGAGCAGGAAAAGCUCGCCAAGAUCAUGCAGGGCCUCCCCGGGGUGCCGGCCCAGGUCGACUACGCUGACAUCAGAAAGGCCACCAAAAACUUCCAUGAGACGAUGAAGCUGGGGAAGGGAGGAUUUGGGGCCGUCUACCGAUGCACGCUUCCUGCUGCAGCAGCUUCUAGGACGGGGCCCGCGAUGGAGGUGGCGGUCAAGAAAUUCAUGCGUGAAGUUGAGGACCGGCGCUACAACGACUUCCUCGCCGAGGUUAGCAUCAUCAACCGUCUGCGCCACAAGAACAUCGUCCCACUGGUCGGCUGGUCUUACAACAAAGGAGAGCCCCUGCUUGUCUACGAGUACAUGCCGAAUGGUAGCUUGGACCAACAUCUAUUUCGGGGAGGCGGCAACGGGCAGCAGCACGAAGGCGCAGCUAUUCAGCACUGGGACAACCGCUAUGGCAUUGCGCGGGAUAUUGCUACCGGCCUGCACUACGUUCAUCAUGAGCACGAGCCGAUGGUGCUGCACCGCGACAUCAAGGCGAGCAACAUCAUGCUCGACUCGACCUUCCGCGCCCGUCUUGGCGACUUUGGUAUCGCCUGCACGAUUGCCGUUGACAGGAGCUCCGUCACCGGGGUCGCGGGCACCUGGGGCUACAUAGCGCCAGACUACGCGAUCAGCCAUAAGGCCACUCGCCAGAGUGACAUCUAUGCGUUUGGGGUGCUCGUCCUCGAGGUCGUUACGGGCAAGAAAUGGGACUUCCAAAUCGGAACGCAACCUGACGGCGAUCACAUUACGGAUUGGGUCUGGCGUCUUCACAGGGAGGGGAAGCUGCUCGAGGCUGUGGAUGCCGGCGUGCUCGCCGCAGAGGGCCAUCAACUGGACGCUGCCGACGAGGCCAAACGUCUACUGCUCCUUGGUUUGGCGUGCACCAACCCCAACCCGUUGAAUCGCCCGAGCAUGGUGGAAGUGGUGCAGGUCAUCACCAAGUUGGCGCCGCCGCCAGAAGUGCCCCUUGAGACGCCAAGGUUCGUGUGGCCGCCCGAAGACUGGCGUUCACGCAACUCUGUGUAUAGCACGGCUGUGUCGACUAAUUGGGACGAGAGCUCAGCGAGCACGAUCGAGCUGGUGCAGGUCAGCCAGGAGCAACCGCCAUCGACUGCCUUCGGAGGACAUGGCUCCGUUUAUACCACAGCGACGAGUGGCGGCCGUGCUGGGACUGAGAGUCGUUUCGAGGAGACAGAUCAGAAUGUAGCGGCUACGCGCUAGAGCAAAUUAAACGGUCGUCGUCGAUCCCUCCGUCAGCGGUGACCCUCCGGUGGCAGAGGCCGACUACAAAAGAUCCAACAGGAUCACUCUCUCUGCCUUUGGCCUCUGGACCCAAUGCGUCUAUAUAGAUGUGUAAUUUUUCAUUGUUACAAACAUUCCGGUUUGCACCUCUAUUUAAUUGCUAUUGGACCUCUGUUUAUGUUA